AUGCUGCUGCUGGUGCUACUCGCAAAUCAUGUGCCACGCCAUAAUCAUUUGUUGAAUCAUGGUUAUGUCAACGAUGAUGACUUUGCUGGACAACAUAACAAUGACUAUAAACAUUAUGUCACCACCAUGCAACGCCAUACAAUGCAAUAUCAACACUACAAUUCUGACUGUUUGAUACGAGAGGGCUCCAAUGUAACACUGAAAUGUGCAGCAGUUGGCUCACCAACACCAACCAAAACGUGGCGACGUGAAGGUGGCGAACACAUACCGCUGCCCAACAAUACAGAAGUUCCUCCAAUUAUUUGGAUACAAAAUCAGCUUGUUGGUGCUGCUACCGGCCAAAAUAUAUCACUUGAAUGCCAGUCGAAGGCGUAUCCGAAGUCUAUCAAUUAUUGCACGAAAAAUUACACGAUAAUUGUGCCGGGUGAACACUUUUCAUCCGAAACAUUUGAGAGUGGCUACAAAAUAACGAUGCGAUUAACCAUAAAAUAUGUUGACACAGCGGAUUUUGGCUCUUACCGUUGUGUGGCGAAAAAUUCUCUUGGCUAUACAGAUGACACAAUUAAAAUAUAUCACAUUCCACAAACAACGACAGUAACCACAAUAGCACCGACGGUGGCUCCAACAACCGUGCCAGUGGUGAUUGCGAAAAACAACAGCAAAGCUUUACCUUGUAAGUCCGACCUGACUUCCAAUGUACUCUGCAUUAAAAAUUCAGCUGGGCAACUGGUUUCAACUGCAGUAAAUUUUUCAAGCGCAUUUUCGUCAAAUCAUAAUUCCCGUCUUUAUGCGGGUUGCUUGGUAUAUCUCAUACAAGGAUUGCACAUAUUGUUCAGGAGGCACAAAAGUUGGCGGGUGAUUCGCUAUUUAAUAUAGUGUAGCAACCAAAGUAGUUCCACAUUGCAACAGCAACAUUUCAAACGGGGGCAACUUCCGAUUAUUUAUCACUUCAACUACAUAUCUAUUUUACGAACAAUUGGUGCUCAAUAUUUGAAAAACUUGAGAGAUGAAGUAAAAGAAGGUGAUUCUGCAAUCAAGAUCACGUCGUUGUCCAGCUCGGAAAGUAUUUUGUGCAGUCUAAUCAGACGUAACAAAGGAAGAGUAAGUCUAACUGAAGAAAGACAUACUUUCCAUUCAUGGUCACCAUAUGAUUUCUAGACACAACUAUCAUUCUGAAACGAAUUUGUCUAAAUCUAAUUACAAGAAGAUGAAGAUUAAAAUUUCAGAGUUGAAAACCAGUAGGCCCAUUAUUAGAAAAAAUUCAUUUUAAGAGGAUUUCAAAGAUGUGUCAGUGAGGUAUUAUCUCUUCAUCUCUAAGAAUAUGUUUCGAAACGGAAUAUUUCUUUCAUUUAUCUUCUACAUGAUUACGAUAAAUGUUCGAUUUCAGGAAUCAUACAAAAUGAGUUGUAUAGCCAGAGCUCAGAUAUUUAUACGAAACUAAUUAGAGAUGUUGAAAGUGAUAGUUAGUUAAGAAUGCUUAUUUAGAAUACAAUGACUUCAUUAGUUUAUUUUAAAU